UGUUUUUCCAGAUUAUGUCAUCCGAGGGGCUGAAGAAAUGGAGCCUCAUGAUAUUCAUUUAUUUCGUUUAGCCACCAUAUAUGCAACUACAGAUAAUUUUUCUGAUUCGAAGAAGCUUGGACAAGGAGGAUUUGGUCCAGUUUAUAAGGGAACACUACCUGAUGGAAGAGAAGUAGCAAUUAAGAGGCUCUCAAGCAGUUCUGACCAAGGUUCAGAGGAGUUUAUGAAUGAAGCCCUGUUAAUAAUGAGACUUCAACAUAAAAAUCUUGUGAGGCUCUUGGGUUGUUGCAUAGAAGGAGGGGAAAAGAUUCUUGUCUAUGAAUACAUGCCCAACAGCAGCCUUGAUGUUGUCCUAUUAGAUCCAAAGACACGUGCACAACUCCAUUGGAGAAGGCGGUUUAACAUUAUUGUUGGAAUUGCCCGGGGUAUCCUUUAUCUUCAUGAGGAUUCUCGACUUAGAAUCAUCCACAGGGACCUGAAACCUAGCAAUGUGUUGUUGGACCAGGAAAUGAACUCAAAGAUCUCAGACUUCGGCAUUGCCAGGAUAUUUGGUGGAAGCAGUGGUGAAAGGAAUACUGCAAGGAUAGUAGGAACUUAUGGAUAUAUGGCUCCAGAGUAUGCUAUGAAUGGAUUAUAUUCGACAAAGUCAGACGCUUUUAGCUUUGGAGUAAUCUUACUAGAGAUUGUUACUGGGAGAAAGAAUGCUGGCUUCCGUUGGUCCAAACAUGCUCUUAACCUUUUGGAUUUUGCAUGGCAGCUAUGGAGGGAGGGAAGAGGGUUAGAGUUGAUGGAUCCAUUGUUAGCAGAGACAUACUGUACAAGUGAAUUCUUGAGAUGCAUCAAUGUUGGAUUACUGUGUGUUCAGGAAGAUGCCAUAGAUAGACCCACCAUGUCAAAUGUAGUUGUUAUGCUGAGAAGUGAAUCUCUUCCUCUUCCAGAACCUAAAAAACCUGCAUUCUCUGUUUCCCGAAUCACUCCAAUGAUGACUGAUGAAAUUUCUGUCAAUUGGUUAACUGUUACUGAUGUUACUCCACUAUGCCUUCUAAUUUUUUCUGCAAUUGCUGCUAAUGCUAAUGGUUUUAAGGUUGAAGUUUUGAGCAGGAUGGCACGGAGUUUGAGACUCCUGAAGAAGCUCAUAAAGAUUGGUGGACUCCGGAGAUCGUGGAGCAUGGACCGAACUGCUACUGCGUGGUGUGUUCCUCGAGGGAACAGGAUGGGUUCCUUUAAGGGCCAUAUUCUUCCAGGGACUCUGUUCUUAUUCGUUAGUGUUUGGCACAUAUGGAGCGCAGUUGUGAGGCAUGUGGAGAAUCCGAAAUCAUUUAGGAUACUUCAUUUGCUAGGCAUGUCGAAAACCUUCCAUUUCAUCUUACUUUAUUUCCUUCUUGCUGUGUUGCAUAACCCUUGUGAUGCUGAUGCUCCAUAUCCCUUUUGUUCUAAUAGUACUGCAAAUGACACACUUGGUAGUUUGUUUCAGAACAAUCUCAAUCACCUCUUCUCUUCUUCAUCCUCUAAUGCUUCUCUCUCAAUCUUCAAUAAUUUUACUAUUGGAAAUGAAACUAAUAGAGUCUAUGGCCUCUACCUCUGCCUUGGUUUUGAUACCAUAGUCCAAUGCAAGAACUGUGUGGAUAUGGCAGUUCAGGAUAUUUCAAGACUCUGUCCAAACAGAGAAGAAGCAACUGUGUGGGAAGAGUACUGUCUGCUGCGAUACUCGAAUCAAAGUUUCUUUGGCCAUUCAGAUGACACCGGAAUUCUCCCUCUAUGGAACAAUCAAACCAUUUCGAAUCCGGAUCAGUUCAGUCAUGUUGUGAGGGAGUUAUUGAAUAACCUCUCUAGUUCCACUGUUUCUGAUCCUUCCACUGGUUUAUAUGCUACAGGGGAAGCUAAUCUUACCAUUGAUGAAACAGUAUAUGGUCUUGUGCAGUGCACUAGAGACUUGUCUGGAAAUGAAUGUCUUGAAUGCCUUCGAAAUGCCACAAAUGAAAUUCUAAGUUGCUGCUACUUUUAUAGAGGUGCCAGACUUCUCAGUAAGAGUUGCUACAUAAGGUAUGAGUUAUAUGCUUUCUAUGAAGGAGCCACUGAAGCUAUGCCUCUUCCUCCCUCAACCACAGGAGCAAGUAAUCAGACAAAGAAAAUAUCGACGAAAAUUCUAAGCAUUAGUCUUGUAUCAGCUUGUGUUGCAGUAGCUUUCUUGGGUUUCUCUGUUUACUGCUUAGUUGUGAAAGGAAGAAAGGAAAUUAUUGUUCCAGAAACUCCAGCAUAUGAUACUGGUUCCCCUAAUAGCACCGAUGGUUUUUUGAAUUACGUCGUUCCAGGAUCUGAAGAGAUGGAGCCUCAUGAUAUUCCUUUAUUUCGUCUUGCCACUAUACAUGAAACUACUCAUCACUUUUCUGACUCAAAAAAGCUUGGACAGGGAGGUUUUGGCCUAGUUUUUAAGGGAACACUACCAGAUGGACGAGAAGUAGCAAUUAAGAGGCUUUCAAUCAGUUCUGAUCAAGGUUUAGAGGAAUUUAUGAAUGAAGUUCUGCUAAUAAUGAGACUUCAACAUAAAAAUCUUGUGAAGCUCUUGGGUUGUUGCAUAGAAGAAGGGGAAAAGAUUCUUGUCUAUGAAUACAUGCCCAACAGCAGCCUUGAUGUUGUUCUAUUUGAUCCAAGGACGCGUGCAACACUUGAUUGGAGAAGGCGGUUUAACAUUAUUGUUGGAAUUGCUCGGGGUAUCCUUUAUCUUCAUGAGGAUUCUCGACUGAGAAUCAUCCACAGGGAUCUGAAACCAAGCAAUGUACUGUUGGAUCAGGAAAUGAAUCCAAAGAUCUCAGACUUCGGCAUGGCCAGGAUAUUUGGUGGAAGUGAUAGUGAAAAGAAUACCAUAAGGAUUGUAGGAACUUAUGGAUAUAUGGCACCAGAGUUUGCUAUGGAGGGAUUAUAUUCCACAAUGUCGGAUGUUUAUAGCUUUGGAGUAAUCUUACUAGAGAUUGUAACUGGGAGCAGGAAUGCUGGCUUCGAUCGAUCCAAGAAUGCUUCUAGCCUUUUGGAUUAUGCAUGGCAGCUAUGGAGUGAGGGAAAAGGGUUAGAGUUGAUGGAUCCAUUGUUAACAGAGACAAACUGUUCAAGUGAAUUCUUGAGAUGCAUCAAUGUUGGAUUGCUAUGUGUUCAAGAAGAUGCAAUAGAUAGACCCACAAUGUCAAAUGUUGUUGUUAUGUUGAAGAAUGAAUCUCUAUCUCUUCCACAACCUCGAAAACCUGCAUUCUCUGUUGGUCGAGUCGCUCCAUUGAUGAUUGAUGAUUUUUCUGUCAAUUGGUUAACUGUUACUCCACGCUGAUGGAUGGAUUCAACUAUUACAUGUAAAUGUCAUUAAUAUCAAUCAAUUUGAGUAAAGAUUUGUCUCAC